AUGGAACUGUCGCCCUAUCCACUACCGGGAUCCGGUCCUUCGACUGCCACGCCUGCCCGCAGUCGUCGAGGGCGUUCAGUACUCCUUCCUGAGUUCCUGUAUUGUCUUUCCUACUUCGGAUCACUCCCGGAGAAGCCCCACAUGAGUAUGACCCGCAUAUUCAAGAGGAAGCCCUUUCGCCGUCCCGACAUAUCGGCGCCACUGCAAGAGUUCCUCGAAGGUCAGGAGAGGGAUGCAGGUUUAGUUGUGGACGUGGGGGCCAAUGUGGCGAUGACGACUUUCACGGCGUCCGCGAUGGGGUUCAGGGUGGUCGUAAUCGAACCGGUAUUUAAGAACCAGCAGAAGAUCUGCAACGGCGUGUUCUUGAAUCGGGCGGGGGAUCGCGAGACUGUGUAUGCUGUGGCCACGUCUAAUCGAAUCGGUAACAUUACUUUCGACAAGAAGCAACAGCAAUCAGAGUACGAACAGUUGUCAUUUUUGCAACAGGAGCAAAUGUUUCUUCAUAAUCCAUGUCAUACUGCUGAGAAUAUCCUUUAG